UUAUUUCUCAAACAUCAACCAUCACCAUUUUUACCAUUACUCCAAUUGAAGCAGAGUAUCAUCUACCUCCCAUUCUACACUCUGCUGACCUGCUGUGCCAAACUCGAGUGGUUUUUGCUUUUUGGUCACAAGUCAAAAAGGCCAUGCUCAUGGGUCUUUACCCUCCUGAACCAACCAUUAAUUUCAUCACCUCUUCAAUUCUUGGUUGUAAGAGUGUAUCUUAUACAGCCUACAAUGAAAAUUCCGUUCUUUUCAUGGCUUUUCUUGAUCACCAUAUGCUCACUGUUUGUCAACUUUUGUAUCUUUGUCGUGUCUGACCAAUGUCUUCAUGAUCAGCGAGAUUUGUUGAUCGGAUUGAAGAACAGCCUCAAAUUCGAUAGUGCUUUGUCCACAAAACUGGUACACUGGAACGAAAGCCUAAAUUGCUGUUUAUGGGAAGGUGUAACCGGCAGCGAGGAGGGACGUGUUAUUGGUCUCAACCUGUUCAACGAAUCCAUCUCUGGUAGACUUCACAAUUCAAGCCUUUUCAGUCUCCAGUAUCUGGAGAACCUGAAUUUGGCUUACAACAAAUUGAGUUCUUCUCUUGUUCCAUCUCAGUUUGGUAAUCUGACGAAUUUGAUUUAUUUGAACCUGUCAAACGCUGGCUUUGAGGGGCAGAUUCCCAUUGAGAUUUCAAACUUGAGCAGGUUGGUUACCCUUGAUUUGUCUAUCGAUAUUUAUUUGAGUGAUUCUAUGCUGAAAAUUGAGAAACCAAAUUUAGCUACGCUAGUUCAGAAUUUUGGGAAACUAGAGGAACUUUAUCUUGAUGCUGUAAAUAUAUCAGCACCAGGAAAUGAAUGGUGUCAGGCCUUAUCUUCUUUAGCGCCAAAUCUAAGGGUGUUGAGCAUGAUUAAUUGUUAUCUUUCAGGGCCUUUUGAUUCCUCUUUAUCAAAGCUUCGGUCCCUCUCAAUUAUUCAUCUCGAUGGUAAUCCCUUUAAUGCUCCAGUUCCAGAAUUUUUUGCAAAUUUUGUAAAUUUGACGUCCUUGCAUCUCGGUUUUUGUGGAUUGAAUGGAACAUUUCCAGAAAAUGUCUUUCAAAUUCUUACACUGCAGACGCUUGACUUAUCAAAUAACGAACUACUUCAAGGGGCACUGCCAGAUGCAAUUGGUAACCUUACAAUGUUGUCCAGAUUAGAUCUUUCUAAUUGUAACUUCAGCGGGGCAAUCCCAAACUCCAUGGCAAAUCUUGUUCAGUUGGUUUAUUUGGACAUGUCAUUCAACAGCUUCACCGGACCGAUUCCAUCAUUCAGCAUGGCCAAGAAUUUGACCGAUUUAGACCUUUCUCAUAAUAAAUUAACAGAAAUUGGAGCUUUCUGACAACCUUUUUUCUGGUCAACUCAAUUACUUUUCUGUUUCUUCUUACCUACUGGGCACUCUUGAUUUAAGUAGCAACAACUUGGAAGGGCCAAUACCAAUGUCUAUCUUUGAACUUCGAGGUCUUAAGGUUCUCUCACUUUCUUCAAACAAAUUUAGUGGCUCCUUUCAGCUUAAUAAGAUUCGGCAGUUGAGAAACCUUCCCAACAGCUUUUCGAUUUGUUGAAUAUGUGAUUGAGAAAGAAGACAUGAAGACAAAGAAAGAAGAACGACACAGCUGCUGCAGUGAUGAUCUAAACGACAGAGUGCACAAGAAAAAGAAGAAAGGAAAGAUGAAAGAAAAACGACAUCACUUAGCUUAAGUGAUUGGCACGUGGGACAGCAAACACGUGAGAGGAUUAAGGAGUGUACAGCUGUAUUAUUAGAGUUAGUUAGUCUGUUAAGAGUU